CUCUUUAUAUCUUUCUUACCAAACACAUACUAAAAGUUUUCUCUCAAUAUCCUAGAAAUAAUAUACUUUUUCCUAAUCUUUCUUUUUUCCCACACGACAAGGAAAUUUAAACCUCAUAAUUUCUUGACAGAGAAAUAAAAAAACCUUCCAACUGCUCGAUUUAUUAUUAUUUUGGGUAAUCUUGAAAAAUAUGGUUAUAGCUACAGAAACCACCAGUGGUGGUAGUCAUCACCGGAGACUCACUUUCGCCGCCUUCUUAAACUCCGAUCCCGCAGCCGAAGAAGAAGAACAACGGAGCCAUGGUGUUGAUGUUGAUGCCAUCAAUCCCACUACUAGCAACAACAACAACAUGAACAUGAACAAGGAGGUUCAUUAUUACCAACAACGUCAAAGCAAUGCUUCGACUACUAGCGGCGAGUCGUCUCCUAAUCAGGUUUUAUCUCCAUGGAAUCAAACUUACUCUCCUUACUACACCGACACAACAACGACUCCGUCCAUGUCUCCCUCCCCGUGGAACCAAACUUACUCUCCGUACUACAAGUCUCCUUGGAUCUACCAGAGACGUAACAUGGAUGAUGAUGGUACCGACAACGGUUUGGUCGGCACGAUCGUUAGACAAGACGGUCAUGUCUAUUCGUUGGCUGCUUCUGGAGAUCUUUUAUUCACUGGAUCCGAUUCCAAGAACAUUCGUGUUUGGAAAGAUCUCAAGGACUUCACCGGGUUUAAAUCAACAAGUGGAUUGGUUAAAGCUAUUGUAAUAACCGGAGAUAACCGGAUUUUCACCGGUCAUCAAGACGGUAAAAUCCGGGUUUGGAGAGGUUCUAAAAGCAGAACCGGAAGCUAUUCACGAGUCGGAAGCUUGCCGACGUUGAAAGAGUUUUUGACAAAGUCAGUGAACCCGAAGAACUACGUCGAGGUUCGUCGCCGGAAAAAUGUUCUCAAGAUCCGUCACUACGACGCCGUUUCGUGUCUUAGCUUGAACGAAGAGCUCGGUUUACUCUACUCCGGUUCGUGGGACAAGACUCUCAAAGUCUGGAGACUAUCCGAUUCGAAAUGUUUAGAAUCGAUUCAAGCUCACGACGACGCCAUCAACACGGUGGCUGCUGGUUUCGACGAUUUGCUUUUCACCGGAUCCGCCGACGGAACUUUGAAAGUGUGGAAACGUGGGCUUCAAGGCAAAGGGACGAAGCAUUUCUUGGUUAAUGUGCUGAUGAAGCAAGAGAACGCUGUAACGGCGUUAGCGGUUAACUUAACGGCGGCUGUUGUUUACUGCGGUUCUUCUGACGGCAGCGUUAAUUUCUGGGAAGGGCAGAAAUUUCUUUCUCACGGCGGGACUCUACGCGGCCAUCGUAUGGCGGUGCUCUGCCUCGCCGCCGCCGGGAGUCUUGUUUUAAGCGGGGGAGCGGAUAAGAACAUUUGUGUGUGGAGGAGAAACGUCGAUGGGACACACUCGUGUCUCUCGGUGUUGAUGGACCACGUGGGACCUGUUAAGUGUUUGACGGCGGUGGAAGAGGCCGAAGAAGACGGCGACGGAGUUGAGAAAGGAGAUCAGAGAUGGAUAGUGUAUAGCGGGAGCUUGGAUAAAUCGGUGAAAGUGUGGCGCGUGACGGAGACGGCGUCUACGGUUAUCGGCUGAGAAGUGUUUUGAGGGAGGAGAGAGCACGCGCCGGCUUGAGCGCGUGGAGAUGCGGACUAUGGUAAAGGGGAAUGUUCCGCGGCCCAUGUGAUUCGUGCCGUUGUGGUCAAGGCAGAGUUUUUAUGGCCGGCUAAAAGAAGCAGUUCAUACAACCAAUAGGGAACUGCCACGUCCUGUAAAGUAUCUAAAAUGGUUUUUUUUUUUAUAGAAAGUUCCAUUAGUUUAUUCGAUCUUUCUUUUGUAAGUGUAACUGCACAUAUUUUUGAGUUACGUUUCAGAAAAAUAUUGUUUCAUUGUAUUAAAUCAUUUUGUUCAUAUACUUAUUAUUUUAUGGAAUUCGUUUAAACAUA